UCUAUUCCAUUGUGCCCGCUAUACGGCCCGUUGUUUUGGUUUCCUUAAAUAUAGAAAAAACAGCGUUCUAUUAUAUUUAAUGUUCAGUGUUCCCAACAGUUGCAUCGCAAUCAUGUUAUACGCGGUUGUUUUUUUAGCGUUCCUUGUGCACUCAGGAUCAAGCCAAGGGCUACUUCCUAAUGGGGAUCCCUAUUUCUGCGUGCCAUCAGGAAUAUGUCCCAUGACUGGUGGUGGUAUCGAUCCCAGAAUCAUAACACCGGGUGGAGGAAACGGCGGUCAAACAGAAGCACCAUCAGGUGGCGUAUGUCCAUCUGGAAGAUACGUUUGCUACGCGCAGGGAAGUUCAAGCAAUUGCGGCCAGAGACUUGUUCCGAUCACGAAUACGAACGACGGAGAAGCCCAAUUUGGGGCUUACCCGUGGCAAGCCUAUAUGACAGGUUCCAACGGAGCCUAUAUCGGGAGCGGUUCGCUCUUGAGUCCCUACCAUGUCCUCACUGCGGCCCACAAGGUUCUCGCCUACGAAUCCAACCCUUCACAACUGACCAUCAUUAUGGGUGUCAAUGAUCCUGCAAACAUCAAUAAUUCUCCGGCAGCACCCAGAUCAACGGCAGCGCAGAUAACCAUAUUCAACCGACAGACUUACAACAACGAAACGCUCAAAAACAAUCUGGCGAUCGUAAGACUGGCGAAUCCCAUAAGCCUUGUGAAUCAAAAUUCGAUCAACACCAUAUGUCUACCGUCGGCGAACACGAACGCCAACGCCUAUGUUAAUCCCUCGCAAAGAUGUAUCGUAUCAGGAUGGGGGCAAGCUCAGCCCUCAAAUUCGCCCUCUCCGACCAAGCUGAAACAGGUUAUGGUGAAUACAGUGGACAUCAAUACCUGCGAGAGUGGAUUCAAUGGAAGGGUCGAUACGUCCAGAUUUUUGGAUAAGAGCGGCGGACAAAUAUGCGCUGGGGGUGAAUCCCAAAGGGAUGCCUGUUUCCAAGAUGGAGGUGCGCCACUAACUUGUGGGCAAGGAACUCUCACGUCAAGAUUCACAGUAUCUGGAAUCGUUAUUUGGGGAAAAAGCUGCGGACUGACAGGAGUAUAUGGAGUUUACACUAACGUUCCUUAUUACAGGCAAUGGAUUGUUCAAACUAUAACGCAGCCGAUACCGUAGCCCUGGAUUUUUGACGAUUUUUUCUGUGUUCUUACAUGAUUCACGUGUCCAUCUAGAUAAGUUUUUUUUUAAUUGUAUACAGAGUUAUUUCUUUAAAAAAAUGAAAUAAAAAUUUCGACCGA